GUCUUCUACAACUAUAUUCAAUAUUCAUAAUUGAUAUUUUACCUUCCCAAUUUUUUUAUACGUAAAUUUUUAUUCCACAUAUUCUAAUCAGAUCAUAAUCUUCUUUAAUCAUCAAAAAAUUUCACCUGCCAGCUUAUCUCUCUUCCUCUUCUUCCAUGAUUUUCUCUCUCCUAGGGUUCUACUUCUAAAUUAUUUUCAAUUAAAUUUCUAAGAUUCCAAAUUCCUUGAUCAAAUGUCAUCACUCACUUCUUCUUCAUCAAAAAUGGCCAAUAAACCAUCAAAUUGUUCUGAAAUUCAACAGGAGGAGACUAUUUCUGAUUCUUUUAUUUGCUGCGUUUGUUUGGAUCUCCUAUACAAGCCUAUUGUGCUAGAAUGUGGUCAUGUCUCCUGCUUCUGGUGUGUUCAUAAAUCCAUGGAUGCUCUUCACGAAUCUCAUUGUCCAAUUUGUAGACAUCCAUAUCAUCACUUUCCAACUAUAUGUGAAAUGUUACACUUCCUACUAUUAAAGAUGUACCCUCUUGCUUAUAAGGGGAGGGAGAAACAGAUUCUUGAGGAGGAAACAGGAAAGAAUUGCUUCUCACCACAGCUUGAUAGCAAAGAACUCAACAGUAAUGAUGGAUCCACACCUUCUCAUGAUGCAAAUAUCUUGUCCGAUUUGGCUUCAUCCUCUUGCAUCACAAGUGCAAGCAAAGAUCUUUCAAAGAUGGAUAGAACCUUUGAGAGUGUUUCAAGUAGUGAUGUACUCUGUCUAGCUUGCAAGCAACUUCUAUAUCGUCCUGCAGUUCUGAAUUGUGGCCAUGUAUAUUGUGAAGCUUGUAUAAUAGUUCCAGAAGAUGACAUAAUCAUUUGCAAAGUUUGUGAGUGCCCACAUCCAAGUGACUGUCCAAAUGUGUGCUUGGAGUUUAAUAAUUUUUUGGAGGAGCAAUUUCCAAAAGAAUAUGCUGCACGAAGAGCAAGUGUUGAACAGAAACAAGCACGUUUCCAACAUAAAAAUCCGUCCUCCUGUUCUAGUUCAAAGAAAUCCGCCAAAAAAGGCUGCUUCACACCAUUUAGAGGCAGUGAAGACUUUAUACCAUGGUGGAAUGAACAUGGUUCAAAAGUCCAUGCGGGAGCUGGUUGUGAUUACUGUGGAAUGUAUCCCAUUGUUGGAGAUAGAUAUAGGUGCCAGGAUUGUGUGGAGCUAAUAGGGUUUGACCUUUGUGGAGAUUGCUAUAAUACACAGUCCAAGCGACCAGGCCGUUUCAAUCAGCAACAUACUCCAGAGCACAGGUUUGAGCUUGUCAAGCAGCCAGAUGUGCUACGGAAUAUAAUGUUGCGCCUUGUUGGAGGACAUCUUGUAGAUAGUUCUGGUGCUCCUGUUCUGGCUAUAAGUGCGAUUGAAGAUCCACCAGAUGGUUGGAUAGCUGUUGAAUCUGUUGGUGCUCCAGAAAACACUCAUAACAAUGUAGUUUCCCCUAAUGGGACUCAUGGUGAUAUUAUGCACGAUGACAGUGACACACAAGAUGGUUCCGUUGAGGUGGAGUUUGGUGAUGCUGUGGAGGUUUCUGGUAGUAAUCUGGCCUCUUUUGCCCAUAACGAUCAUCAUAUGAAUCAAGAUGAUAAUGAGGAUCCUCCUUUCUAAAUUUGUAUAGAUAGUUGGACGAGCUUCUGCAGAAACAUUCAUUGAACGUGCGUCUGCAGUCCUUCACCCUUGAAACCCGAGGAUAAAAACAGACCCCUGUUCUGGGUAUUUGAUAAAAGGUUCAGGUGGCCUUGUUUUUUUUCCCUCUGGUCUGUUAUUUUUAUAAGAAAUUGCUGCAUUCUUAAUAUGUAAUGUUAUGAGAUGUGUAUAUUUGGAAGAGGCAGGAUUUUGGUAGGAACCGUUUGUAUAAGCUCUGAUGCCAAUAAAUGUUGGAAUUAGUAUUAUAAUGGGCAAUCUGUUAACUUUUAAGUUAA